AGUGUCAAGAUUCAAAAUUGUCAAUUCUCACGUCAUGUCAUUUAGAACGUCAACAAAAGAGAUUUUUUUGCAAUAUAAAUAAAUAGAUUUUAUAAUAUAAUUGAAAAAUUAUAGUUAGUUUUGUAACAAAUGAUGUAUUAUUAAGUUAAAUGGAGGAAGUACUGCAAACUUUGGAUUUAUCAAAUACAAAAUUAAAGAGAUUGAAUAAACCAACACCCGCAGAAUCUCAAGUCACAAAUCUCAUUUUGGAUGACAAUGAAUUAACGCGUUUAGACAAUAUUGAUUCGUUUACCAAAGUACAAAAGUUUUCUGCUGUCCGUAAUCAAUUGUUGCGUAUGUACGGUGUUUGUCGCCUGCAUCUACUUCAAAGUCUAAAUCUUUCAUACAAUGGCAUACUCACAAUUGAGGGUUUAAAGGAGCUUGUAAAUUUAAAAUGGUUAUGCCUGGCUGGUAACAGUAUUAAGACCAUAGAACAUUUACAAACAAAUACUGAACUAGAGUAUUUGGAUUUAUCAGAAAAUAACAUCACUCACAUCUCAGAUAUGUCAUUUUUAAAAAAUCUCAAGGAAUUGUAUUUGCAUAAAAAUAAAAUUAACCACUUGGAUCAGUGUGAUAGAUUUUUGCCUACAAGUUUAACAACACUAACAUUAGCUUAUAAUAACAUCAGUGAUCUCAAUGAGGUAUCAAGGCUGGUUAAUUUGGUGAAUUUGACUAAAAUUUCUAUAGCUAAUAAUCCUUGUGUUAACAUGACUGGGAAUAAUAUAGGUUUUGACUACCGUCCAUUUAUUGUAAAUUGGUGUUUAAAUGUCAAUGUUAUUGAUGAUUAUAUUGUUGAUGCCAUUGAAAGUCUAAGGGCCGAAUGGUUAUAUUCUCAGGGCAGGGGUAGACAUUACAGGGUCGGCGACCAAAAGGAACUAGUACAGUAUUUAGCCUCGGUGUGUCCAUUAACCGGCGAAACUUUGGAAACCGAGGACGAUAGAAAAUUAAAAGUAAUAUUGAGUAAAGCGCAACACCAUCAACAACAGUUGAGGGAACAAUCUUCUAAUAAUGCAACCCCUGUUCCAAGCCCCAUUUCAAGGAAAAAAAUAGUCGGAAACAAACAAUCUCCGAGAUUAAAUGUGUCGUCAAAAAUGAAACCAAAGUCACCGGAUCGAAUGGUGUCAAGUUAUUACGGCACUUUGAGCGAUCAAAGCAACACCUCGGUGAUGAGUCAGAGUCUAGAUCCGACGAUACUGAGACAAACCACUACUCCGAGAAUAUCUAAUGAGUACAUCAUCCCGGAGAAAUAUUUUGAUUCCGAUUCUAUAAAGAGCCCACUUCAAGCUCUUUCCAAAAACGUACCGGUACCGGAAUCUUUGAUGAGCCCCGACUACCAUCCUUCUGUCACGAUGGGUAAACAGACACCGAACAUUACCAUGCCAAUGUCUAUGGGUAGUCCAAGACCUCAUAACGCGACAUACGGGCAUGCCACGAAGUCUUUAAAACCUGUUACGAACAGUAGAGCUAGUUCUGCGAAAACUAGAGCUCGCGGUACCAAACAGUCUGAGAAUCUCAGGAAAACUGGGUCGCCGUCGCCGGCCCGACAUAAGGUUACUAAUAAUAACGUAUCGACGACAAAUUGGGUGGAAUCGACCAAAAAACCAUCGAUAAUGCGCAAUUACUCUGCUAGCAGCGACGAAGAAUCGGAGAUAUGCGAUUCGAAAUUGCACACGAUUCAGAUGAAAGCCAAAGAACGAAGCAUGGGCUUGCAAAAAGAAGAAAUCACAAGCAACGGCAGCAACGAUGACAAAGUAGAAGCGGCCGUUUGCAUUCAAAGAAUUUGGAGAGGUUAUUACACCAGAAACAAAGACGUCGAUGUUCGAAAUAGGUUUAAAGAACUCGCGGAUCAAAGAGCCAAUCAGUAUAUACAAAAAUUGGCCACGGAUAUGGAGACCACGAAAGCGGCGUUGGAAAGCGAGAGGAAAAUUCAAAUGUUGCAAACGGAAGCGAUCAGCGCUCUCUGGAAGAAAAUUUCGAACAUACAACCAUCGGAUAGCGAAGGUCCUUCGACCAAUACGAAUUUGAAUACUGCCAAUACGUCGUUUAAUAACGGCGAGGUGGUUAAAGAAUUGGCUCAAACGUGUACGAUGUUGCAGUCACAGAUACAGCAACUUCAAACUUCUAUGCAAGAUAUUGUCAAUGUAAUGUCAGUGUUUGGUCAAUCUGUGGGCAUGUAUCAUCAAUUGAAAGACGGUAUUGCUACGCAAACAGAAAUAGUGGCAGUUCACACGCCAAAGGGUGAAGCGGCGAAAUGUUUUCCUUUUCAAAAGGCGGUGACUCAACCUCAAUCCCAAUCUCGACCAUCUUCGUUACCGCUCCCUGUCCAUCAAAGGAAAAAAGACAAUUCGCACAGCAACGGCAGCAACAACCACGAUACGGCGGUGACAUCGGAGCUGAGCCAGUUCGCCAUAACGCUCGUAGAUGGCGUCAUAAAGACUGUGUCGGAAACUAAGGUUAAUAAUCCAGAUCUGGAGGGUAGUGAUAGUAAUUUGACUGAGGAAAAACCGCCGCCUGUACCGGAAAAUGUGCUGCAACACGAUUAGUAUAGUAAUAGCGAUGAUAAAAUAUUGAACACUUUGGUUUGAAAGCUUUGAUGCCACCGACACUAUGUGCUGCUUACUUACUUACCUAGGACGAUAUUUUUAUAUUAAGGAUAAUUAAUUUAUUUGUUAGGUUAAGUUUCAAACAUUUUGCACAACACUCGGUUGAGAAAAGCAACAACGGAUGAG